AUGGACGGCCAUCAUGUAUCAUCCGAUAGAGUGACGCUCUACGUAAAGAAGGCGACCCACACCUCAGGUCCCAAUGUCGCCAAACUAUUGAUUCUAUUGGACCUACUGCAUAUCCCCUAUGACUACAAAGUACUCACGUCUCCGAGCGAGAGUGAAUGGUUCGGGGAGAUCAAUCCGUAUAAAAUGGUGCCCGCGAUAACCAGUCUGGAGGAGAGCGUGGUUAUACAACAAGAAGGCGGACGGGAAAAGGAAGACAAGGCCACCGCUGUCUUGAACGUGUUUGAGAGUUCUGCGUGUCUCACGUUUUUAGCGGAUAAGUAUGAUCGCGAGGGCUUGUAUAAGGGGAAGACAUUGGCGGAGCGGGCGAGGGUGUCGAGUUGGCUUAUGGCGUAUACCGCUGGGUUGGGCCCGACGGGGAAAUGGUGGCUAACCCUCAAAGUCGGCCAUGCCUCCACCAUCGGCAACGCGCUCGAGAUCCUGGCCGCCGCUAUCAAAAAGGAAUACAGUAUCCUUGAAGCGCGCUUGAAUGAACCGGGACAGCAAUACAUUGCCCUCGCGGAUCGGCUUACGAUAGCUGAUAUUGCGAUCCUGCCCUUUGCGAAUGCGCAGAUUGCCAUGUCCGCGCAGAUUGAGUUUGGGGAGUACCCUGCCCUGAAGGCGUGGAGUGAGAAGGUGCUCGCCAUGCCGGAGGUGGGGAGGGCGUUUAUGAGGGUGCAGACUUUUGGUCAUGAAGAUGAAGCAAAAGAAGAAAGAUAA